CCCAAACCGCGCGCGCGCGCGCGCUGUGGCAGUUCCUAAAGCGAUCCGGCACUACCCUUUCUAUGCUCAGUCCCGCGCGCUGUGCCUAUUUCUUGCCGCGCCCACCGCGCAGCCAUGGCAAGGCAGACCUUGUCAUCUGCGAGCCAGGAGACAGCGGCCGGAUACUCAUGAGCAGUGACAGCACGAUUAGGCUUACGGUGGUGAGUUCGGUCGCCGCCGCCGACGAUGACGUCGAGUGCCGCGCCUGCUACGGCGUCGUCGUGGCCUGUGUGUCGCUGCUUCUGUUCUGUGUCCUCGCGGCCACCACUGACGUCGUGAAGGCCUGCGCCGUCACGGGCUUCACCGUGGUGUUCUUUGGUUUAAUCGGCUGGUUCAUCCCGGCGGCUGCCGCGCCUAGGAGUGGAGGCGCCACGGGCGCGCGGCGACCUGAUGACGCCGUGGGUGCAACGGCGCUUAGGCGGGCCGGAUGCGCGUGCGUGUUCAAGGGCGCGGCGGCGAUUGACGUGCCGCCAGCGUUCGCGUACGACGACCCCGAGAGUAGCAGCAAAUCCGGGGGCAGCACGCUGUGCGCGGUGUGCCUGGAGGACGUGCAGCGCGGCGAGACGGUUCGGCGGCUGCCGGCGUGCGAGCACCUGUUCCACAAGGAGUGCGUCGACAUGUGGCUGCACUCGCACACGACGUGCCCGCUGUGCCGGUGCGAGCUCUUGCCGCGGAGACAUGCUGCCAAAACCGCGACAGUGGCCGCAGCGGCGGCGCAGUCGUCGGCUGAUGCGUUACCGCCGGUUUAGUUCUUUUUAUCAGAUUUCAGGAGUCUAUCUGGUUUACAUGGUUAGAUUAGAACGAUAACACAUUGUCCUGCACUGCUGCACAUUAUGGCGGUACACAUUGUUUGUCUUUGUAUAUUCGUAUUUUUUUAAUAAUGUAAGUACUGUUUCCGGACUUUAUACUAAUAUAAGAUGUCAAGAUGCCAAUAAUAUAUAGAAUUAUUUCAUAAAUAUGGACAUCUGUCCCAAGUUUGGGACUAAAAUCCAAAUGCGCAGGUUUCAACACAAGGAUCCUAAUCAUUUUAUAUAUUCGUAUGUUGGGACAUUGUCCAUAUAGGAAAUUUUUGUCCGUGAUCAGUGCUCAGAUAGCUACUCGUUGUAGUUUAUGCAAAUUUGUU